ACUGCACAUGCGCGUUGGCUGUUCGAUGCCACAUUCCUCGCCUGAGCUUCGAAGCCAAAACGCUGCAGCUUCAUUACUUGUUAGCCAUCAUCAAAAAGACAAUUACAGUUACAGCCAGCUCAUUGUUAUAUAAGAGGACUUUAUACCGCCAGUUAAUAACUCGUUAGGUGGGAUUCAAAAUAACCGCACAUCGUUGCGCCAAUCGCCAGAGCCUCCGCCGCAGCGGCACCCAUCCCUGCGAUCCUGUAACCAUGGCAACCGAGGAGAAGAAACCGGAGGCCGAGGCCGUGAAGGCGCAGACCGCCUCGUCUGCCUCCGCCAGUCAAAGCAAGUCUGCGCCGGUGAAGCCCAACUACACCCUGAAGUUCACACUAGCCGGCCACACAAAAGCUGUCUCCUCUGUCAAGUUCAGCCCGAGCGGCGAGUGGCUGGCCAGCUCAUCUGCUGAUAAACUGAUCAAGAUAUGGGGAGCCUACGAUGGCAAGUUUGAGAAAACGAUAUCCGGCCACAAGCUGGGCAUCUCCGACGUAGCCUGGUCCUCCGACUCCAAUCUGUUGGUGUCCGCAUCUGAUGACAAGACCCUGAAAAUCUGGGAUGUCAGCUCGGGUAAAUGUUUGAAAACACUAAAAGGUCAUAGCAACUACGUCUUCUGCUGCAACUUCAACCCGCAGUCCAACCUCAUUGUGUCUGGAUCGUUUGAUGAAAGCGUGCGGAUAUGGGACGUGAAGACCGGGAAAUGCCUGAAGACACUGCCCGCGCACUCCGACCCAGUCUCAGCGGUUCAUUUCAACAGGGACGGCUCCCUGAUAGUCUCCAGCAGCUACGACGGCCUUUGCCGAAUCUGGGACACGGCGUCGGGACAGUGUCUCAAAACGCUCAUCGAUGACGACAACCCUCCAGUGUCAUUCGUGAAGUUCUCACCCAAUGGCAAAUACAUUCUGGCUGCCACCCUCGACAAUACCCUGAAACUUUGGGACUACAGCAAAGGAAAGUGCUUAAAAACCUACACCGGUCAUAAAAAUGAGAAGUACUGCGUGUUUGCAAACUUUUCCGUCACUGGUGGUAAGUGGAUAGUCUCAGGCUCGGAGGACAACAUGGUGUACAUAUGGAACCUGCAGACCAAGGAGAUAGUUCAGAAGCUUCAAGGCCACACAGAUGUGGUGAUCUCCACCGCCUGCCACCCCACAGAGAACAUCAUCGCGUCUGCAGCUCUAGAGAACGACAAGACCAUCAAACUGUGGAAGAGCGACUGCUAAGCCCCAUCUAUGGCCUGUUGUUUCAUUUGAUUGCUUUAGUUAGGAUUGUUUUUUUUUCUGUCCUCUUGGAAAGAGAACUUUAAUGCCAGGAUGGUCACAUGUGACCCGUGGAUCCACCCCCACCCCCUUUCCACAAGAACUGGUCCAGGGAAAAGGGGUCCAGCAAAUCCGAAACAGUCACCCAGCAUCAAAACCAAAUCUGUCUCCACUUACUGAAAAAAUCUGUUUCCUUCUCUGUCUCUCUCCUUAAAGAGGCCCUCCAAUGAAAAGAACUUUGUUUUGUACUAUGAGAACUUACAUGUUCUCUUGCCUCCCCAGACCGAAGCUUCUCGUCUUGUUCCUGUUGCCCGGAGACCACUUUCCGAAGUGCCAUAGAGUCUGUCUACUCUCUGCCUCUAAAACAAGUUGGUCUGAUUAAAGUGAAGCAGUCUCUUACAUGUGAUAUUUAUUUUUUUGGGGGGUGGGGGAAUUCAGCAGGAGUUCUUCGAAGCCUUAAGCUGAGAAGCUUUAAAGUCUAAACCUAUCAGUCACUGGGCAUGUGUGCUGUCCGCAGCAGAUCACACUUGAACAAGCCAAAAUGCUAAUGCAUUCUAAUUAGCAAACACUAGCUAUAAAAUCUUUGGCUUUUAAGUUUGACGUAGCCAUUUUUCAGUAUUUGUAGUGUUUAGCUUUAAUAGACCGCAGUAUAUAACACCAAUGAUUUUUUUGUGGAAUACUUUUUUUUUUUGAACCAGCCUUUUUACUUGUGAAGAGCAGAAUUGUUUUACAAGGCUAAUGCAGUUCAUAUUUUCACUACUGUUGCUACAAAAGGGGUUUCGACUUCAGAAUCCACAGAGGAAUUUGUAUGGCCAGUUGCCCAGAUGCCUUUUUCUGACAUAAAAGCGAUUGCUUUGUGGGUGUCACAGUAGUUCGAGAAGAGCAAAUAGCCUGCCCCAGUAUCGUGUCCGAACUUUGGGAAGAUUUCUGGCAUUUGGAUCUGCCUUGAUACCACACAACACAACCUCUUAUAGGCAGGAAGUCAGGCCAUGAUGAUGAUGUAGUUCACCGCAUCCGUACUCUCCACAAACGGCCAUUGUUCUGCAUAAUCCAAACCCACCCUUAGACUUUCUGGAUGAAGAUGAGUCUUUGGUGUUUCCCUGUGCAGUUGCUGUAAGAUCUAUAGCUCCUGUCACACUUUCACUGUAGCAGUACUCCAACGAAAUCGUUGUUCCCAAAGUUUGUUUUCUCCUACCCCCCCCCCACCUCUUGUAUGGCAUUUUUUGGGGGAAAACUUCCAGUCACAGAUUUUUCUCAAGGAAUGCAAGCAAGCCAGCUGUAAUGCUUGGGAACGGAGGCUGUCAAGUUACUGUGACUGCAUUCACCCGUCAACUAUAACCUUUAAAUAUUUUUGGCUUUUUACACUCUGCCUUUCAAUCGCGCCACACGGGACUACGUAAAAACUGCAAGAGAUCGCCACUGUAAAGCUGCUUUGUAAGGAUUUUUUUUUUUUGGUGCUAUAAAAUUGUGCAUUGAAAAUGUGGACAAUAUUUGUUGAACCUGAUUUAUUAUUUCAAGGGUGUAAGUUGCAGUAAAAUGGUUAAAUGUUUGACCACAAAUCCUUUGAAGUACAAAGAGCACAUUGGAUACAUUUCCUGCCUUAGACUAUCCUUGUUUCUUCGUAAGUCCUGUUGAUUUGUCAUCUUGAAACAUAUUUCCCCUUUAAGGCUGAUUAUCAGAACAGGACUUGGAAUGAGAUCCAGUCAAAUUAGAAGCAGGACCAUCUUAUCACAGGUGCUUUGGAAAGUAAACUGUUCUUACCCUUGUGAUUUAUUACGCUUAAUGGUUUUGGUUGACAUCCAGUCUUAUUUUCCUGAUGGUACAAUAUAACUGAUUGAUAAUUUAUUUGGUCACUAGGCUCGCCAAAUAAAACCGAAAAAAUGGACUGUAUAUAUGCAGAAAUUUCAUGCUUAUGUAUUAGUAAAACAGCAAAAUUACCACGUUUCAACUUAAUUUUCUUUUUAAUAUAUGCAUAUAUUAUAUAUAUACACUUUAGCUGUUAGGAUAUAAAAAUAACUUUUUUCCUCAUAUAGAUAAAUUUAGGGAUGGGGAAAAAUAUGUCAAAUCUUUGACUACCUUUCUUGGUCUGAAGGAUGCAGUGUUAAGAAGGGCUGCAUGGUCACCACACCUGUAUUAUUCUGGAUUCUGUGAACAUGCAUUUUGACAGUAAUAACCUGUGACUCAAUAAAGUAAUUUUUUACAUGCA